GACUUCACGAGAUGCCGUUGCCCUGGUUCCACCAAGUGCAGUCUGUGCUGUGGCCAGAGAAAGACAGCCCUCACGCCGACAUUCUCACGAGUGAGGAGGUGGCCGUGAUCUGCGAAAACUACCGGAAGGGUGGUUCGGUGCGAGAGUUGGCCAAGAAGUUUUGGGAAGCCCAAACAGCAGUCAGAUCCUGGGCUUCCAUUCAGAGUUGGGUACUUCGAUGUGGGUUCAGUUUCAAUCUUGAUGUGUGGACUGUGCUCACCGUACUUAGGACUGCAUGGGGGAGUCCAAACACCAGAGAAGCUGACGAAGUCUGA